CCUAUCCCUAUGUCACAAAGCAUCAACCACUAAACACAUCAAUUACCCUCUCUCCUUCGCCACUCAUAAACACAAUGACAAUCACAGCAUUUUCUGCAACUUCUCUUCUGCUCUUCCUCAUCUGCAUUUGCCUUCCAAGCGUCUAUGGUGACUACGGUGGUGGAUGGCAAGGUGGUCAUGCUACAUUCUAUGGUGGUGGUGAUGCAUCUGGCACUAUGGGAGGUGCUUGUGGAUAUGGCAAUUUGUACAGCCAAGGCUAUGGGACUAACACUGUCGCACUUAGCACUGCCUUGUUCAACAAUGGAUUGAGCUGCGGUUCUUGCUAUGAAAUGAAGUGUGACAAUGACCCUAAAUGGUGCUUGCCCGGAUCCAUUAUAGUGACUGCAACCAACUUCUGCCCCCCCAACUUUGCAUUGUCCAACGACAAUGGUGGGUGGUGCAAUCCUCCCCUCCAACACUUUGACAUGGCCGAGCCCGCCUUCUUGCAAAUCGCUCAAUACCGCGCUGGAAUUGUUCCCAUUUCAUUCAGAAGAGUCCCCUGUAUGAAGAAAGGAGGAAUCAGGUUUACCAUCAACGGCCACUCCUACUUCAACUUGGUCCUCAUCACGAACGUCGCAGGUGCCGGGGAUGUCCAUGCUGUGUCAAUCAAGGGCUCUAAGACAGGAUGGCAAUCAAUGUCGAGAAACUGGGGUCAAAACUGGCAGAGCAACUCCUACCUCAAUGGUCAAAGCCUGUCUUUCCAAGUGACGACAAGUGAUGGGAGGACUGUGAGCAGCUACAACGUGGCACCUGCAAAUUGGCAGUUUGGACAAACCUUUCAAGGUGGUCAGUUUUAGAGUUUCAGGGCAAAGGCCUGGAAUUUCAAAAUUUGUUUGUAAUGUAAUGUAAUAGCCAUUGUUUGAGACAGACAGAGAAACAGGGGAAGAAGGUAUAGGAGAGGUUCAGUCCCAACGUGGCUGUCCUGUCUAUUGCUGAGGUGGUUUAUUAGCACCCGCUACGCCUUUUAUUUAUACAUACAUACAUAUAUAUAUAUAUAUAUAUAUGGAAUUGUGAUAUUCCAUUGUUUUGGCUUUUGUUUGAUUAUAGCCAUGAACGAAUAUCAAGUGAAAUUUUUAUUCUCCUAAUUCCAAAGUUGAAUGGAUUUGAAUAUUGAUCCCAAA